GCCCCCCCCCCCCCCCCUCCCCCCACGACGCCACAGUACCACACCUCCCCCCACGAGCCUCUCGUUUUCACGCACGGAUCAAACGAGGAGACGCUCUAUUCCUGCACUUGUUGCGCGCCGAAAGUCCUACACUAGGAAACGCUGGGCAAGAGGAACCACCUCUCGUUCUUCCUCUUCUUCCCCAGCCCAGCCGCUUCCCCGUUUCGCCUUGACUGGUUUGCUGACGUGGCCUGGGAUUGCUGUAAGCAGAAAAGCUGAUCCCUGAGUGAGGUCAUUCUCUGCCUGUAAACUUAAUUCACUAAAUGAGGAGAAUGGAGGUCUGCUGUGCUUACUUUGAUCCAGAUUAUGAGAACCUCAAUGAGAGGAUCUAUGGGACAAGGGUUCAUGUGGAUAACGAAUCGUGUGGCAGAUGUACUGUUGUGAAAGUGAAUAGUCGCAAUAAACAGGACCUUCUGCUCGAAGUUCUGGAAGUUUUAAUUGACUUGGAACUGUCUAUCACCAAAUGCUAUGUAUCAUCUGAUGGUGGAUGGUCUCUGGAUGUUUUCCAUGUGAAAGACCAGGAAGGGAGCAAGGUUUACAAUAAGAAGGCCAUAAGCUACAUAGAGCAGGCAAUAUGUACUAGGGAGGCUCGGAGGUUCACAGUGAGAGGAUCCAAUGAGUUUGCCUCUAGACCUGAUGUUGCUGCACACUAUACAGAAAUUGAGAUGAUUGGCCACAACCGGCCUGGAAUUUUCUCUGAGAUAUCUGCUGUUCUUGCUGAGGAAGGGUGCAAUGUUAUAGAAGCACAUGCUUGGAGCCAUAAGGACAGCUUAGCCUGUGUUGCAUUUGUGUCUGAUGAAUCAACAUCGUCCCCCAUCAAUGAUCGAAACCGCUUGGCCACUAUUGAGGACCAUCUUGGAACUGUCCUUCGAUCUGGUACAUCAAUGGAUGAUGAUCAGCGUAGCGCAAGGGCUCAUCUUCUUGGGGUUGAUGGCCUCACAAGUCAUCCUGAGCGUCGGUUGCACCAGCUAAUGUUUGCUAGUAGAGAUUUUGAUGGACAACCAGGACAGGUAUCUACUGCCUUCCCGAUGCUUAGUUUGGAUGGUUAUAAAAAAGACAAGAGUACGGUGGUCUCUCUUGAUCGAUGCAAUGAGAAAGGAUAUUCAGUUGUAAAUGUGGAAUGUGUGGACCGUCCGAAAUUGAUGUUUGAUACCGUGUGCACCCUUACAGACAUGCAAUUUAAUGUCUUCCAUGCCUCAGUUUCUUCCCAGGGGCCUUUUGCCUGUCAGGAGUACUACAUCAGGCACAAGGAUGGACAUAUGCUAGACACAGCAGAUGAAAAAUGCCUAGUGGUGAAAGGCUUGAAGGCUGCGGUUGAGCGUCGAACUUGUGAGGGUGUGAAGCUCGAGCUAUGCACAGAGAAGAAAAAUGUUGGUUUCCUCUCACACAUCACUCGGGUACUCCGAGAGAGCGGGUUAACCGUAACCCGGGCAGACAUCGCAAUGGACGGGGAUGUGACGAAGAACACAUUCUAUGUCAAGGACAUAUCAGGCAACAAGAUUGACAUGAACGCCGUUGAGUCUGUCCGGAGGGAGCUUGAGCCCCUGCCCUUCCAGGUGAAGGAUGAGCUCCUGUCUCCAGGGCUGCCGGAAGGCAACCCAGCGUCAGAGAGAAAUGGCUUCUGCAUCCUUGGCAUGCUGAAGUCGAAGAUAGAGAGGCUGUCUCAUGGUUUCAUCUCCACCUGAUAGACUGGCCUCUGUUUGAUGGUCUUUCUGCUGGGUGAGCUGUGUUCAAAGUGUAUAUUAGUUCUGCUGCGUUUGUUUGCGUACACCCGCUGUAAAUUUGCGUGCACGUACAUAGUUCAGUUGAAGUACCUUUUCCGCGGAUCUUGCAUGUUGACACUAGAAUCGUGGCUGUCCACUGUCCAGGGAUAUUCAGAACCUUUAGCAACCACUUUUAUCCUGAGGGCCUGUGUAGGAGAGGGAUUGCUCCACAGCAGAGGGAUUGCUCGCUGAAAUUUUGGUAUUUGGCGGAAA